AACGAACUCAUCAGUAUAAAUUGCAGCUACUGCUGCUGCUGAUCAUCGUGCAGAUCACUUACUAUUUGUUAAUACUUUUGCUUGUCCUGUUACAUUAGAGAACAUGAAACAAAGGGCUUCUGCAUUCUUGGCUAUUCCUUUGGUUUGCCUUUUGUUUCAGAUUACGUUUAGUAGUAGUCAGCUUGAUUACAAGUUUUACGACAGUACUUGUCCCAACCUGGCCAAGAUUGUCAGAAACGGAGUUUUAUCAGCCAUAGUCAAUGAGACGAGGAUUGCUGCCUCUCUUCUCCGCCUACAUUUCCAUGACUGUUUCGUUGAUGGCUGUGAAGGAUCUGUCUUACUUGAUGAUAGCAGCAACUUCACGGGAGAGAAGAAUGCGUUCCCUAAUAGGAAUUCAGCCCGCGGGUUUGAAGUCAUUGAUGCAAUAAAAGAAAACGUUGAGAAAGCUUGCCCGUCGACUGUCUCUUGCACUGAUAUACUGACUCUUGCUGCCAGGGAUGCUGUCUUUCUGACAGGAGGUCCCUUCUGGCAGGUGGCCUUGGGCCGUCGAGAUGGCCUAACUGCAAAUGAGACUGCAGCCAACACAGACCUCCCAUCACCCUUUGAACCCUUGGAGAAUAUUACCGCAAAGUUCGUAUCCAAGGGCCUUGAUUUGAAGGACAUGGUAGUUCUUUCAGGCGGCCACACUAUCGGCUUCGCCCAAUGCUCUACAUUUAAACCGAGACUUUUCAACUUCGACGGUGCCGGCAAUCCUGACCCGAUACUCGACGAAUCGCUACUAGCAAGUCUGCGCAUCGUUUGCCCGAAUCAAGACGAUUCCGACACCAACUUGGUUGCAUUGGAUGCUGCUACUUCGAGCAAGUUCGAUAACAGCUAUUUCAGGAGCCUUGUCAACAACUCUGGGAUUCUGCAAUCGGACCAAGAUCUCAUGGGCGACAAUCAGACUGCUGCUUUGGUGUUGAGUUACAGCAAAUUCCCCUUUCUAUUUUCCAAGGAUUUCGGGAAAUCGAUGGCGAAAAUGAGCUGUAUUGGUGUUCUUACAGGACAGGAAGGAGAGAUACGGAAAAAUUGUAGAGUGGUGAAUUAGAAAUUUGGUUGUGAAUGUAUGUGUCAUGAAUAAGUUAAGAUUUGGAUCAAAAUCAGGCCAUUGUGGAAUUCCAAGUUUGUAAGAUUUGGAACACAUUUUUAUGGUUUGAUGAAUCAUAAAAAUCCAAUGCCCUGUAACAUGAAUUUGCUUGUCACGUUAAAUUUAUAAUUUUAUUAUGAGAAGCGUUUUGAUCCAUCUUUCA